AUCACGGUGCUACGCAGCCCUUCCAUGUUCCACUUCAUUUCUUGUUGAUUUGACCGUGCAUCAACAAGUCAGAGGUAAAACAAAAUUAAACCUGCAGUGAGUUAAGUUGAAUUUAUUCCCGUCAGUGUGGCACUCACGGGAAAGGUUUUUUCUAGCCAACUGCAAUCAGUAUAUUCCUUUAAGUUUCUCAUGAACUACAGGUUAGAUGACCUUGUGACUUCCCGCAUUCAGCACUACCCGGUAUUCACAUCCUUUGUCCGGCGGCGCACACCAGCAAAAUUAUCGUGUACACGCUUUGAAUAGCUGCAUGAUUUAAUCGUAGCUAUCGGAGCAAAAUUUGCAAGUCCACAGGUUCAGAACAAAUUCAGAAAAAAAAACAGAUAGCUCCCCACAAUCUUAUUCGAUACCUUGUUUAAGAUUAAAAGGAAUUUGUUUCACAACGCGGAUGCCGCUUUAAAUGCAGACUCAACUGGAAAAGCAUUUAAUAACUUUCCUGCGGCUGUUCAUCCGUCACAUGACUAAUGCUCACCCACACACACCAACAGGUUGUGAAAAACAGCUUCCAAUAAUUGUGUGUGCUCCAACCAACCGUUAAGCAAGAUCUUAUAACAGAGACCGCCUGCCAUAGUAAGUGAAUUCCAAACCUUUCACAUGCACAGUGGGUCAGCAUUGAACAAAAAGUGUUAUCAAAAGCCUUUUCUGAAGUGAAAGCUACAACUAAGCUGCAAUUGAACAUAGCCACAGAAGUCUCAUGUACAUGUACGUGUACAAAUGUAAUCUUAUCUGCGUGUACACGUACAGUACAUGUACAGUACAUAGUACAUGAAAACACACACAUUGCAGCACUGAAAAGGCUGCAACAAGUUGUCCUCUUCGGUGUCAUAUAGAUCGACAUGUCUCGUUUGGGGGGUAACCGUGCGUGGAGGGCAGCUUCGGCAGUCCAGGUCUAUUUUAGCCUGAGCUGCUUAUCGCUAGCAGGAGCCUCAGCAUUCCUGGCCUUGGGAAUACAUUUCGGACACUUCCAACUCUGGAAAGACGAUGUGGAACACCGUGCAUUUAGGAGAAGUGCCGACGGAGGAAAUGCUGCGGGAUACGUCGACCUGGCAGUCAAUGGCGGCAAGAAUUUGUCAGCAGCGGUUCCUGUCAACUGUACACCGCCUAGUAUUGACAAUUUCCCACCCAAUAUCAUGAGUUGGGACGUGCUCAGACAUGGAGGUUUUCUGAUUAACUUGGCAGCCGUCUUCUACAUAUUUGGGAUCCUUGCGAUGGUCUGCGACAACUACUUCAUGCCAUCACUAGAGAUUUUGUGUGCAGAUCUAAAAUUAUCUGAAGACGUAGCAGGUGCAUCUUUCAUGGCAAUUGGGGGAUCUGCGCCAGAACUUUUUACUUCAGUUUUCGGAGUUUUCAUUGCGAAAGGAAAUAUCGGAGUUGGGACUGUGAUUGGCUCUGCAGUAUUUAACAUUCUUUGUGUAAUUGGGUUGUGUGGACUUCUUGCUGGACAGGUUGUAUAUCUUUCCAACUGGUCCCUUGCAAGAGAUUUCCUGUGGUAUGUCUUGACAGUCAUCGGUCUCGUCUUAGUGAUCUGGGAUAACGUUGUUCAUUGGUGGGAAUCUCUGGUUCUCAUUUUAGUCUACAUGGCGUAUCUUGUCUUCCUCUAUUUCGACCCACCGAUCAAAAGUCGCAUGGAGAGUUUAUCAUUGUGUCAAACACAUCACAACCAUGAACGUGACGACGAUUGUACUUCUCUGCCAACGUCCGAGGCGGAAACCACACCCAUCGUUGUAGACCAGAAAUGGAAAACGUCCUCGUUCAGCGCAGUUACCGAGAAUGAAUCCGAAAAAUCAUGCAACAAUCCAGCAGAACAAGACAGGAAACAAUCACCUGAGACCAACACACUCUCCCCUUUUAUCAUUCCCGAUGGAUACUGCAAGCGACUUGUGUGGCUUCUUGCUUUCCCACCGUCACUUCUUUUCUACUUGACAAUCCCAAACUGUUCCCUUCAACAAUGGAGGACAUGGUAUCCUGUAACAUUUGUCGCAGCAUUAGCAUGGAUCGGUGCUGCGACCUACUUGCUUGUAUGGAUGGUCACAGUAAUAGGAUACACUUUACAUGUACCCGAUACGGUCAUGGGACUGACAUUGGUAGCCGCAGGUUCCAGCAUGCCUGACACCAUCCUUAGUGUUAUCGCAGCAAGGAACGGUUUUGGCGACAUGGCUAUUUGUCAUUCUGUUGGAAGUAAUGUCUUCGAUAUUCUACUGGGAUUAGGACUUCCGUGGUUUUUACACUCUGCUGCAGUUCGACACGGCCAUCCCAUUCCAACAUACAGCGAUGGUUUGACCAUUAUUUGCGCUAUGCUACUGGCAAGUGUGAUUGUCACAUUAAUUAUUAUUAGACUAGCCAGCUUUAAACUAAAUAAAAAAAUCGGAAUGGUACUUAUAGUGUUCUAUGUUGCUUUUCUGGUACCGGCCGUAUUACUUGAGAUGAAUAUUCUCAUUAAAGGGCUUGUACUGCCGGAGUGCCCAAGACAAGGAGAGUAACCGCAGAUUUCCUUGGCACAAUUGCAUCAUGACGUCGUAAAAUCGUUCGCUAAUAAAAAAAAGUAGUGCUAACAUCUUUACCGCCAACAAAGCCAAGGCCUUCACAGGAUCAGCAGUAUAACCUAUCAUCAGUGAUGCUUCGAUCAUUCUGUAUGCACUGAAUUCAAAUACUGUAUAAUUACGUACGACUCACUUACAACGUAUGUCAACUAUUCAUGUCCAUUGGUUUAUUGCUGCUUUGAAGUCAAAGUCUUGGACUUUAAUUCCCCAAUUAAAAACACUGUAAUUCUCUAAGCCUUUUACAAGUGUGCUGAAGUUCGACAGUGGAAUAAUUACUUCUCACAAUCUAAGAAAGAUUACCCAUUCGAUCGACAGCCCGUCAUGUCAUUUGCAGUUAUCCAAAAUGUACGUGUGAAAUUUUUUGGAAAAGCAUACUUGACUUAAACAGGGGCAAUCCCCCCCAAAUAAGAAACGUGGGGAAGGAAAAAGAGGGAGGAACCAGCUCCAUCAAUGUACCCAAAAUCCGUAAUUUCAGUUUUAGUUCACGCCCUCCCCUUUGGAAAAUACUGGAUCCGUCCCUGUUAAAGAUGGUAACACUAAAUUCCCUGUGAAACGAUUCUUUGUGACAAGCGGUCACUUUUUAAUAAUGACAGAAGGCCAUUUCCAAUAAUGCGUCUAGAGACCCAAUUUUGGGGGGAGAAAUCGUCAUAAGAAGCGCGCUCGCGGUUACCAUGAUUUGUCGCCAUAUAGCUCUAUGCAUUCGGCUGAACGUGAGAACGUGCCUCUGAAUUCAGGCCCAAUUCGAAAUAGACCAUUCUCAUUUUUACUACAACUUGUGUGGGCGUCAAAAGUUUGCAGAAAUCUCUUUUGAUACAUGUAGUAACUAGUAGUAUGUGCAUUAUUUUCUGAUUUUGUGAUAGCUGCAUGGGAAUUUAACACUUUUUGAAUUUUUUUUGUACUAAAAGCCAGCCAUAUAUUUUAGCAGCCACUUGUAGGAAAAACAAGAUUGUCACGUCAAAAAAAACAGACCAUGUAUGACUCAGCAGUUUUUGAUAUGAAAUAGAAUCCAACAGUAUUCAGGGGCAUGAGUGACCAGCUAACAAAAAGCUAAAAUGUUACAAGUUCCCAUAUUUUUGUGCAGACCAGGUGUAAAAAAGCUGAAAUUCAGGGUCAACAUCAAAAGAAAAGAAGCUGAAAACAGACGCUGAAUUGUCACACCCCUGAAUAUUGUUUUACUCGGAAUGAUGUACACUAUUAAUUGAGCUGAACUGUCAUCAGCAUUGUUCUUAUGCUUCUUAUCUAGAUUCUGAACAAUUUGAACGCCUAAAACAAAGCAUGAAUGACAAAUGAACUUUGGAAACAUUUUCCCAUUAGAAAAUCUAUGUGUUCAAUCAGUACUCAUCGAAUAAUACAGGUACAUAGAAAAAGGAGACACCUUAACUAUCCUGGCAUUAAAAUGUACCUUUAAAAUAUUUUAGUGUCUUUAUUGAUUAAGAAUACGAACUAGCACAGAAAACUUGUACUAGCUUUGGUUAAAGGGCUUGAUAAAUAUUAUUUUUGUUAUCUAAUGUUUAAGAAGUUCAUUAUGUAACAAUUAACAUUGCAAAGUCCAUUUAAAUUGAAGAGAAAUUGCUGGUUCUGUUUAUUUUCCUUCUGAUUGUGGAGACUGUGUGAUAUGAAUCAAAAAGGUAGCAAACAUUCAGACACUGAUUUGUGGUGUUAUUGUAAAUGACAUGAUUUUUAAAAUCCCUUUCGUCGUGCGUUUAUA